AUGGACCACCUUAUCCCAUCCGGGAUGCACCCCAUCCCCUCCAAUCUUCUCGAUCUCCGCCCCGACGCCGACAUAGACUUCGAUCUACUACAUCCGCAACCGGUCAAUGGCGUCAAAAAUAUAUGGUUUUUCUGGCACUCAGGCUACGCCAACAUGCACCCAUAUACACAACGCACAGCCCGCGCAUGGCAUCGCCGAUUCACAAAACAAGGGUGGGCAGUACGAGUGAUAGACCGGCUGGCCGGAUCAAAAAGCAAUAUCGCCGAAUUCUUGGAUGUCACCGACUCAACACUCUUCCCUCGAGCCUUUACUGAGGAGACCAUCACCGGACCUUACGCGCUACAACACACUUCAGACCUUGUUCGCUGGCCACUGCUCCUGCGAUAUGGAGGAGUCUAUGCCGACGUAGGCAUGAUGCAGAUUGGUGACCUUGAUACCCUAUGGAGUGAGACAAUCGGAAACCCGGACUCUCCAUAUGAGGUUCUAUCCUAUACACCCAGUGGACAAGGUCAUUACAGUCUAUGCAAUUAUUUCCUCGCUGCAUUGCCAAACAAUGCGCUCUUUGACCGUUGUCAUCGUUUGCUCCUCGCUCUUUGGGAUGCUGAUGGUGGCAAGACGAGCACCGAUGGAAUGCAUGCUAGCCCGCUUCUACGCGGCGUUCCUCUAAUGAGCGUUGAUUCUACAAUCACCGAAGACGAUGGCACGGUCAUCGGUCCUGCCGAGGUUAGUCGUCUGUUGACCGACUACAUCAUUCAAGGCCAGGUGGCUACUGCAGUGAUGGGACUUGUUGAUGCUGAAGACAAUUGGGACGGUCCUGCAUAUUGUGUGAAGCAUUUUUAUGCGAUUGAGUUUAUGGAAGGGUCGCAGCUCAUUAAUGAGUUGACUGCUUGGAGCGGACAGGAGGCAUUCGAUUUGUUGUCACUACCAAUACCUGGGGAGGGAGAAGACGAGUCUGAGAAACAGAAAAAGGCCCGUGAUAUUGUUGUGGCAUGUCUAUCGCGCAGCUUUGGCUUCAAGCUUGCUCAUGGUCUCAUUUUGCGGGUGAACAAGGUUACACUCGGAUCGCUGUGGCGGGAUAAUCCUGGGUCUGAUGUUGCACCUGGGACUUAUGCGGCUUGGCUUCGACAUGGAAUUGCUUACUGGAAUCAAGAUAAUGUGCCUGAUCCAGUAUCGCUUACUUUGAUCCCUCCGACCAAGGUUGGGAGGUUACUAAUGUAA